CUCUCCAGUAAGAGAAGUUCUAAAAUGGAGGAGAAAUCUUUUUAUUCUCCUGGCGAUUAUCGCAAGUUCUCAGAGGCCAUCGAAAAGCAUUGACGCUUCAAGUGGCACCUGUGAGAAAGAAAAGAAAAAAACGUUGCUUGGAAACAGCCGACAGUUACAUGUUGUUCCUUUAAUGGCAGUCUGAUGAUGAGCAGCUCUGCCUGAAAAAAGUUUGUGGUGAAAUCGCCUUUAUUCACGUGAUGAGAAACUUCUCAGGCUCCUGGCAGUGAAGGCUGAAUGUGACCAACCUCAUGAUGAGUAAUUCUACCACUUAACUGAAAAAGUCACAGAACCUGCACUUAGAUCUGUGGAUGUUACAUGGAGAUCACACACCUUUGAAUAAACAGAAUGUGAUGCAUUCAUUUAUCAUAUGUGUCACAUUAUGCCGUGUGUAUGUGGCCCAUAAUGCCGUUUACAUCUGAGCUGUAUAGGCAGAAUUGCGCCUUAGAGUCAGUUUUAAAGAUAAUGUCUCUGGCUUUCAGUGCAAAUCAAUAAACCCAAGAUGCUUUCAGAAUAAUCUGCACUGUGUCUUAUGCCAUUGUGUUAAGUUUGAUCUUUCCUUGUUUUAACAGAGGCUGACUGUCUGGCUGAGUUGCUUGUUAGUGUUUGUUUUUUUGUUUUUUUUCUCCCCCCGACUCAUGCAGUGCCACAGUGCUCAAUGCGUCUCCAAGUGCGCACGACCAGUCUUGCAGCAGCGCCCUGCAGACCGCCUGCCAGGCAUCUGGCCGCUCCACGUUUAUUUCUGGAGGCUCUGCUUUGUGCCCAAUCCAACCCCCAACCAACAGGUGGAUAAGACGAGUGGAGGUGAAAACACACCCUGGAGGGGAAACUGGACGGAGUCGGAAACUUCGCUUUUUUUUCCCCCUCUCUCUCUCUCUCCCUCUUGUUUUCGUCUUCCAGGAUUUGUUGCGCGGUGAGCUGAAUGCGGUGUGCGCCACUCUGCGUUUUUUUUUUCUUUCCCCCCCAUAAUAAGACUGGAAUGGAAGUCGUGAUCAAGAGCGGAGCGAGUCUGGAUGUACAGUGGGAGUACUACUAAGUCUCCAAACAUGAGAGGGGAGAAUGCAGACUAGAGUAAAAAAGAAAAAAAGGAGAAAGAGAGACAAACGGACCCGUUGGCACAAGGCAACCGCACGUUCACGAGCUCCACGCAGAUCCACGCCGCAGUUUUUCCACGUUUGAGGGAUGCCGAAUUCGAGAAGUUGAUUUUAAAGCUUUUUUAUUUUACUCCUGUGUUUUCAGCCCUCGUGAGGCGUCGAGGCGUAUUUUCCCAAAGGAGGAAUAUUGAUCUUCCAAGUUCCAAUGCCCAACAUCCCACAGUGUGAACUCCCCGAGCCUGGCAGCAGCUGUAGCAGACUGAGCAGGGUGCUGGUGAGCUGAAGCCCGGGGAGAUGUCACAACUAUACUACCGACGGACUGACAGCUCCUCAUACCGGGACCGCAUCCCGCUGAGAAUAGUGCGGGCCGAGUCGGAGCUGUCGCCUCUGGAGAAGGCCUACCUCGGAGCUGUGGAGAAGGGGGACUACGCCAGCGUCAAACAGGCUCUGGAGGAGGCGGAGAUCUACUUCAAGAUCAACAUCAACUGUAUCGACCCCCUCGGCCGCACGGCCCUGCUGAUCGCCAUCGAGAACGAGAACCUGGAGAUCAUCGAGCUGCUGCUGAGCUUCAACGUCUACGUCGGCGAUGCCCUGCUGCACGCAAUACGCAAGGAGGUGGUGGGUGCCGUGGAGCUGCUGCUGAAUCACAAGAAGCCGAGCGGCGGCAUGCAGGUUCCUCCUAUCUUAUUGGACAAGCAGUUCUCUGACUUCACCCCUGACAUCACUCCCAUCAUCCUCGCUGCACACACCAACAACUAUGAAAUUAUCAAGCUUCUGGUGCAGAAAGGCGUGUCCAUGCCGCAGCCGCACGAGGUGCGCUGCAACUGUGUUGAGUGCGUGUCCAGCUCAGACGUGGACAGCCUGCGGCACUCGCGCUCGCGCCUCAACAUCUACAAAGCGCUGUCGAGUCCCUCUCUAAUUGCGCUCUCCAGCGAGGACCCCUUCCUUACUGCGUUCAGGCUCAGCUGGGAGCUGCAGGAGCUCAGCAAGGUGGAGAACGAAUUCAAAUCGGAGUAUGAGGAGCUGUCCCAACAGUGUAAGCAGUUCGCCAAGGACCUCCUGGACCAGACGAGAAGCUCCAGGGAGCUGGAGAUGAUCCUCAACUACAGGGACGACAUCAACCUACUGGACGAGGAGGGGAACAACGACCUGGCGCGACUCAAGCUGGCUAUCAAGUACCACCAAAAAGAGUUUGUAGCUCAGCCGAACUGCCAGCAGCUUUUGGCAUCCCGCUGGUAUGACGAGUUCCCCGGCUGGAGACGCCGCCAGUGGGCUGGGAAGUUCUUCACCUGCGUCUUCAUCGGCCUCCUCUACCCUGCGUUUGCUCUCUGCUACCUCAUCGCUCCGAAGAGUCGCUACGGCCUCUUCAUCCGCAAGCCCUUCAUCAAGUUCAUCUGCCACACGGCGUCCUACCUGACCUUUCUGUUCCUACUGCUCCUCGCUUCACAGCACAUUGUCACGACUGAGCAGGACAGGCAGGGACCUGCACCAACCACUGUGGAGUGGAUGAUACUGCCCUGGGUGCUGGGAUUCAUCUGGGCAGAGAUCAAACAAAUGUGGGAUGGUGGUUUUCAGGACUACGUCCAUGACUGGUGGAACCUGAUGGACUUUGUCAUGAACUCUCUGUACCUGGCCACCAUCUCCCUCAAGAUUGUAGCCUACACCAAGUACAGCGGUAGUAAACCCCGGAACCAGUGGGAGAUGUGGCACCCAACUCUAGUAGCUGAGGCGGUGUUUGCCAUCGCAAACAUUUUCAGCUCCCUGCGCCUCAUCUCGCUGUUCACAGCCAACUCUCACCUGGGGCCACUGCAGAUCUCUCUGGGGAGAAUGCUGUUAGACAUCCUGAAGUUCCUCUUCAUCUACUGUCUGGUCCUGCUGGCCUUUGCCAAUGGGCUCAACCAGCUGUACUUUUACUACGAGACCAAGGCCGAGAAGGGCAAAUGCAAAGGCAUCCGCUGUGUGGAGCAGAAUAACGCUUUCUCCACGUUAUUUGAGACCCUACAGUCUCUCUUCUGGUCAAUCUUCGGUCUGAUCAGCCUGUAUGUGACCAAUGUGGAUGCAGACCAUCAGUUCACCGAGUUUGUCGGCGCCACCAUGUUCGGCACCUACAACAUCAUCUCACUGGUGGUGCUCCUCAACAUGCUCAUAGCCAUGAUGAACAACUCGUACCAGCACAUUGCUGAUCAUGCAGACAUCGAGUGGAAGUUCGCCCGGACGAAGCUGUGGAUGAGUUACUUUGAAGAAGGGGCGACUCUGCCGGCUCCGUUCAACAUCAUCCCCAGCCCCAAAUCAUUCUGGUACCUCAUUUGUUGGAUCAAGAGGCAGGUGUGCAAGAGGAGGAUGAGCUCCAAGCGGUCUGAAACUAUUGGAUCUCUCGGGAGGCGCGCAGCAGAGAACCUGAGGUUAAACCAUCAGUAUCAGGAGGUACUGAGGAACCUGGUGAAACGCUAUGUGGCCGCCAUGAUCAGAGAUGCCAAGACAGAGGAGGGCCUGACUGAAGAGAACUUUAAGGAGCUGAAACAAGAUAUCUCCAGUUUUCGUUACGAGGUGAUGGGCAUGAUGAAGACGGGGAAGCCUGCCCUUCCGGGGGCGAAGGCCAGCAGCAGCAGCAGCAGCAGCAGCUCAGCGGACUCCGGCUCGUCGCUCGAGGUGCCCCCCUGCCCCCAGAGCGGCCAGGUGAAGAGCAAACUCAACCGAUUCAAGCUCAUCGCGUCCAUCCUCAAGCAGGGCAGCUCGACAGCUUCGCCCAGGCCGCCCGAAUCCUCAAACGGUCUACCCAACGGACUCUUGUCCCCGGUCUCAGAUGAGGGCUCCGGCGAAAAGUCAAGCCAGAGGAAAAACUUCCCCAAAGAUAUCACUGACUUUGGUCUGUUCCAGAAACGCCACAAGAGCGGCAACGAGGACGCAUCAGGCGCGGGACAGAUGUACUCGCUGUCGGAGGAGGCGGCUGACUCAGACGCGGACGGUCAAGACAAAGAGCACGGGGCGAGAGGUAAAGACGAGAGAGGACGCCUGGAGACAGAGGGGGAGGGAGACGCCGCAGCAAGUGAAAAUAGCGAGGUCUUGGACCCCAACAGCAGCUCGGAUGAAGGCAGAAAAAAAGAAUCCAAGGCGAAGGACAAAGAGAGUUUACCCUGCGGUGACUCAGUAGCAGAUGGAUGUAUGUCAGGGUCACCCGGCAAAGAAGCAUAAGGAGUGAUAACACACGAAUAUAACUCCAGGCCAAGUAAUGCCGGGCGGAGAGACUGACAAUCAAGGUGAGCUUCAACUGAGGAUGAUUCUAGCUUUUCCGCUGAACUGACGAUCAAACUUGGUUUUUGGAGACUCAGGGAGGCCCUCCGGUUUCAGUGUCUAAAUGCUGUUAUAUGAGCAGCGGCGGUGCAGCGAAAGGUAAACGGAGCUCUGCCCGAGCGUCGCAGCGAUUUAGAUUCUAGGAUAAAGUCAUUUCAGCUUAUCGCAUCCCGGCAGAUAAUUGAAAGGUUGCUAUUAUUUCCCGGAAACCUUUUAAUCUCCUCUCUCUCUCUCUCUCUCUCUCUCUCUCUCUCUCUCCGUGUCCCUUAUCUAACACACGCCCCUUCAAAUUACCCAUGAUACACCGCACUCUCGUUCAUCAGUCUCUUCUCUACCUCUUUUUUCCUCUCCUGUUGAUCUCCACGUUGCUUGUCUCUCUUCAUCCUCGUCUCACUAGAGCAAUAGACGUGUUCCGUUUUAGACCCGGCCCUCUGCCUUACUCUGUCUGUUUCUGCACUUUACACACUUUAUACUGACACAUGCGAUAUCUCAACGACGUGUCGAGCGCCGGCCGUUGCAACAGCGGAACAGUUCUGUCAAUGUUUUUCUAUGCAAAAACCUGGGAUUGUGAUUCUCGUCGUUCACGAAGAGGAUGGCGUUCCGACAGUUUGUAACGAUCUAGGGUGGAGCACGGCAGACUGUCUCAUCACGGACACACCCUGUCAACCAUUAAGAGUACCAUAUUAUUCAUGUUUUGUCACUCCUGCAGAAAAUAAUCAAGUUAUUUUGGACUGAUUUGCUGUUUUUAACCGGUACCUUUAGAUGUCAUGUUAGUUUGAAGGAACGAUGUUACAGAGAUGAAAAACUGAGAUCCAAAAUAAACCGACAAAAAUACA